AUGACUGUUUACAUGAUACAGCUGUUAAGAAGCCUUCUUUUACUCGUUCUUGCAUUUCAGUGCUACUCUACCACCGUUAACAACCCAUCAUGCGAUGCUAUACCCAACCCAGCCCGAUUAGACUGUCAUCCAGAGCCCAUGGCCACCGAAGCCGAGUGUCUUCGUAGAAACUGCUGUUGGAGUUUGGUUGAUAAGGACCGAACCGCCGCUUGCUACUUUCCUGCUGACUACCCAACUUAUGCUCCAACUAGUAACCUAGUCAGAUCAUCCUGUGGAUUGUCAAUGAAGGCUAAACGGGCUCCUGGGGCGUAUUCCGUUAUGCCAGACCCUGUAGAAGAGGUACAACUUGAAAUUUCCUUUGAAACAGAUACUCGGGUGCGAAUUCGAAUAACAGAUGCUAAAAAUCAACGUUGGGAACCCAAUUUGGAACUUGGUCCACCUGAUUCAAAGUGUCCCACGAACAUGAAAUACGGCGUCGGAAUGGAUGUUAACCGAUUGGGUUUCUCAGUUUCUCGCGUGAAUAACGGAAGCAAGGAUGUGAUGCUCAUUGAUUCUACGGGAAUAAUGGCAAGCUCAUUUGUUUACGCUGAUCAGUACCUUCAAAUGUCAUUCAAAAUUCAUUCUAUUCACGGUUAUGGACUGGGAGAACGCGAAGAAAAUUUCCCCCUGAAUCUCCAUGAUUGGAAACGAAUGGCUUACUGGGCCAGGGAUGAUGUUCCUCGACCUUCUACAAAUCUCUAUGGAGUUCACAACUUCUUUAUGGGUUUAUCCCCAGACGGUACAGCUUUUGGAAUGUUUCUCUUGAAUAGUAACGCCAUGGAAGUUACAAUAACACCCUUUCCAUCACUUACGUUCCGCACCAUCGGGGGAAUUCUAGAUUUCUUUGUUUUUGUCGGGCCCACACCCAAUGAAGUCAUUGCACAAUACUACCAGCUUAUUGGCUAUCCUCCUGUACCGCCAUAUUGGUCCCUUGGUUUCCAACUUUGUCGAUACGGCUACACAGGGGUUGAGGAAAUUCGUGAAACUAUUGAGCGAAAUCGCAAGGCAGGAAUUCCUCAAGAUGUGCAGUGGUUUGAUAUUGAUUACAUGGACAAGUACAUAGAUUGGACUGUUUCCAAAUCCCUUGCAUAUGAUGAACUUGCUCUGUUUGUCAAUAAAGAGCUUCCUGAUAAAUACAACCUAAAGACAGUUAUUAUAAUCGACGUUGGAAUUCCAACAGCGGCCGGAGACUACCUACCUUACCAGAAAGGUCUUAUUGCUGGAGUUUUUAUAAAUGACAGUAGAAAUGGUAAACCUUUGCAUGGAAGUGUAUGGCCUGGAGAGACCGUCUUCCCAGAUUUUUCAAAGAAUGCAACUGCAGAAUGGUGGUACGAGAGUGCAAGAGAUUAUCACGACGUUUUAAACUUCGAUGGUCUUUGGAUCGACAUGAAUGAGCCAUCAAAUUUUGUGGACGGAUCUGUCGACGGUUGCAAUCCUUUCAGUAAGUUGGACAACCCACCGUAUACUCCCCAGAUAUCUGGUGGAAAAUUGCACUACCGAACCGUAUGCCCAUCCGCCUUACAUGAUGGAGGUGUGCCCCACUAUAAUAUGCAUAAUUUGUACGCUCUAACCCAAUCCAAAGCAACUAGACAUGCUCUUGAGCGUAUCUUUCCUGGAAAGAAGGUCUUUCUGCUUUCCAGAUCAACAUUUGCAACCUCCGGAAGAUAUACCACACACUGGACUGGAGAUGUUGUAUCAUCUUGGCAAGAAAUGGCAGCCACUAUUCCACAAAUAAUCAACUUUAAUAUGUAUGGAAUACCCUUCGUUGGAGCAGAUAUUUGUGGAUUUAUUGACAACACCACGGAGGAACUUUGCAUUCGCUGGAGCCAAUUGGGAGCUUUCUAUCCCUUCUCAAGAAAUCAUAACACCCUUGGAAGUCGAUUGCAAGACCCUGCUAUUUGGUCAGUAAGUGCACAAAAGGCGAUAGCGAAGGCAUUGGACAUGAGAUAUCAAAUUAUUCCCUACUUGUACACCCUCUUGCAUGAGGCAAGGGACUAUGGAAAAGUGGUCAUCAAGGCUCUGGCUUUUGACUAUCCCGACGAUUUAGCUACUCAUCACAAUGAUAAACAAUUUUUGAUGGGUUCCUGCCUGAAUAUCGCUCCAGUGCUAGCUGAAGGACUGGAUUUCACGCCGUUGUAUCUCCCAAAAGGCGAAUGGGUUGAAUUCUCUACCCUACAGAGAUAUCGAUCACCAGGAAAGUUCUAUCCAGUGCCCGCUCCUUUGGAUAAGAUUCCAGUGUUCUACAAGGCUGGAUGUGUCCUUCCAAUGCAUCCUUCUGGCGCUAUGAACACCUAUGAGGCAAGAAAGAUGGGAGUUGGUGUAACUGUGAUUUUGUUUAAUGAAACAGCUUCAGGAAACCUCAUUUGGGAUGAUGGAGAAACUGAAAAUGGCGAUACACUGAAAGUCAGCUUCUCCGUUUCGAAACGAAAACUGACAUCAACAGCCACUUUAGAGCGAGGAGUUAGGUUUGGACCUGUUGAUAGGGUCUUGCUAGCCUUUGUACAAAUAAUCGGUAUUAAGCAAAAACCGUCUAUGGUCAAAAUCAACGACAAGGAAGCCAGCUUCACUUACGAUAAAGAGCAAGUGGUCGUUAACAAAUUCGAGCAACCUAUUGAUCUCAGAAAUUCUUGGAGUCUAACUUGGAACUAA